AUGAAUAGCAAUAAUAUAAAUAUAAUAAAUAAUAAUAGUAAUAUAAAAUAUAAUGAAUCAUGGUCUAAACUUCAACCAAUUUUAGAAAAAUAUAUUUUAAAAAAUAACAUAUCAAGUUUUGAUAAAGGAAUGGAAAUUAUAUUACAAUGGUUCGAAACAAUUUCAAAAAAUACAGAUAAAAUCAAUACAUUUAAAAACAUUGUUGGAAUGAUACCAGAUAUGGCUUCAAAUAGCAACAACAGAUAUUCAUAUUCAACUACCUCAUCAAUCGGUGAUUUAAUUUCAAACAAUACAAUAUAUGGUGAUGAUAAUAAAAAAAGAAAUAUUGGAAAUGAUGAUGAUAACAACAGCUCAUUUUUCGAUUUCAGAAAUAAAAGAAUGAAGGUUUCACGUCUACUAUGCCACGAAGAAAUGUUAAAUGGUCAACAACAAGAUAAAGAACAUGGUAGCCACAACAAUGGUAACAAACACUCUGAUGAAGAAAACUCAGAAGGUGCAUUUGAAGACGAGGAAAAUUCAUGUCCAGAUAGUUUCGAUAGUAAUGACAAUAACUCUCCAGCUGAUGAUGCCUAUGGAAGUGACAAUGAAUUACAUAUUGACGAUGAAGGUAACCCAACAAGAUCACAUCAUAAUCACCACAACCCAUCACAAAGAAAAUCACACUCAACUAUCGAUCUUACACACAUCAAAAUUCCACAACACCAAUCAAUCCUUCAACAUCACCAACAACAUCAAUUGUUACAACAACAACAACAACAACAACAAGCAAUCGGUAAAUCACCAACAAUGGCAGGUACAAAUAACAAUAUUGCUCCAUCACCAAAACAACUUAUGACCAUCAGAGAGAAAAUGAUUGAAUACAUUCAAAAGAAUCCAAGUGCAACCCGUCCAUCCUGUAUUCAAGUAGUUCAACAACCAUCAUCAAAAGUUGUAUGGAAGAAUCGUCGUUUAGAUACUCCAUUCAAAGUCAAAGUUGAUCUUAAAGCUGCCUCUGCAAUGGCCGGUCAAAACUUAACUACUGCAAGUGUUAUUACAAUUGGUAUUGUCACUGAUCACAAAGGUAAAUUACAAAUUGAUAGUGUCGAAAACUUUACUGAAGCUUUCAAUGCUCAAGGUUUAGCAGUUUUCCAAGGUUUAAAAAUGACCAAGGGUACUUGGGGUAAAGAAUGGAAUCUCACUUUUAUUGCUGUUGUACGUCCAAAUAAUGCCUCAUACAAUAAUCCUAUUAUUAUUUCUGUUUCCCAACCAUUCAACAUUGUUGUUAAAACUAGAAAGAACCCACAAAUUAGACAUAAUAGCUAUAGUAAUCACCUUUUAAAUAGUGCCAGCGAAAAUUCUUCCUCAUCACCAGAAGCCUCACCAACUAUUGCUCCAAGAAGAGGUCGUCUUCCAAACAAUGCUCCAGUUAUGUCAUUAGGUCAACAACAAAUGUCAUUAAUGCAACAACAACAACAAGCAAACUUUAAUAACAAUAACACCAAUAAUAAUAACAACACCAAUAAUAAUAACAAUAAUAAUAAUACUACUCCUACUAAUAAUAAUGGUAAUACUAAUGGUACCCCCAAUGGUAGAUUUGCUCAAGAUGACAUGGCAAGUUUACUCUGGGCUGCUGAAAUCAAACAAAAGGAACAACCAGAUGAACCUGAAACAAUUCAAAAUAAUAAUAAUAACUCACCAAAAGGGAAUUAUCAUGGUGUAAUCUUAAAUACACCAAAACCUGUUACAACCAGAUGA